CUAGGUUCCUGCCUUUCUAUGGAGUUUGUUCUAGCCACUGUGACUCUACAUCUGCAUUUCCUGCUGUUUGGGGAUGUAUGUAGUAUACCAUAUGUAUGUAUGGUAUAACUCCUCCUUCCUUCCUAUACUGCAGGUAUCUGUCAGUCUACAGUAUGUAUGGUAUAACUCCUUCCUUCCUAUACUGCAGGUAUCUGUCAGUCUACAGUAUGUAUGGUAUAACUCCUCCUUCCUUCCUAUACUGCAGGUAUCUGUCAGUCUACAGUAUGUAUGGUAUAACUCCUCCUUCCUUCCUGUACUGCAGGUAUCUGUCAGUCUACAGUAUGUAUGGUAUAACUCCUCCUUCCUUCCUAUACUGCAGGUACCUGUCAGUCUACAGUAUGUAUGGUAUAACUCCUCCUUCCUUCCUAUACUGCAGGUAUCUGUCAGUCUACAGUAUGUAUGGUAUAACUCCUCCUUCCUUCCUAUACUGCAGGUAUCUGUCAGUCUACAGUAUGUAUGGUAUAACUCCUCCUUCCUUCCUAUACUGCAGGUAUCUGUCAGUCUACAGUAUGUAUGGUAUAACUCCUCCUUCCUUCCUGUACUGCAGGUAUCUGUCAGUCUACAGUAUGUAUGGUAUAACUCCUCCUUCCUUCCUAUACUGCAGGUAUCUGUCAGUCUACAGUAUGUAUGGUAUAACUCCUCCUUCCUUCCUAUACUGCAGGUAUCUGUCAGUCUACAGUAUGUAUGGUAUAACUCCUCCUUCCUUCCUAUACUGCAGGUAUCUGUCAGUCUACAGUAUGUAUGGUAUAACUCCUCCUUCCUUCCUGUACUGCAGGUAUCUGUCAGUCUACAGUAUGUAUGGUAUAACUCCUUCCUUCCUAUACUGCAGGUAUCUGUCAGUCUACAGUAUGUAUGGUAUAACUCCUUCCUUCCUAUACUGCAGGUAUCUGUCAGUCUACAGUAUGUAUGGUAUAACUCCUCCUUCCUUCCUGUACUGCAGGUAUCUGUCAGUCUACAGUAUGUAUGGUAUAACUCCUCCUUCCUUCCUAUACUGCAGGUAUCUGUCAGUCUACAGUAUGUAUGGUAUAACUCCUCCUUCCUUCCUAUACUGCAGGUAUCUGUCAGUCUUAUCCACUGA